CACAAAUGUAUGUUGGACCCCCCUACUGCACCGGUGGCCGGUGGCUUUCCCAGGGAUUGACCGGUGGAAGCUUAAGUCUUUUUUUUGGGGGGGGUGAUGUGGGCUGGCAGUUUCUGUGAUUCCUGGAAGGAAGGGUGUUUGUAGCAAUUUUUUUUGAUGGCACAGACUUUCAGCUUUGUGCAGACAUACUGUGGAAGAAACGUGACACAACGAGAGUAUUCGUGAAUUCGAGACUCAAAAUGUAAGGCUUACAUGUUCCACGUCAAUUUCACAAAUUGUAGGCUUACACUUUCUACAUAUAUGUUCAAAAAUGUAAGCUUUACAAUUUCUACGUGUCAAACCAGGACCCCCUGGGGAAAAUGUAACUUACAUGUUUUAAGGCUCCCCUUCCAUUAAUAGGUAGCGAUUAUGCCCGUACUUUGCCUAAAUGCCCUAAGUCGAGUCAUUCAGUGAAGAUGGUUUCGCGCAUUAGGAGACUGAGAAGUUGAGGUUGUCUCCUGGCCCGUGAGGUUUGUCACAGUUGCCUGUGGGUCUUGGAUGUUCAGUUUGGUGCGAAGGAUGCCCGGGAUGUGACCGUGCAGGACGAUAUUUGAGAGAUGUUGAGAGCCCUUGUUCAUCGUUCGGCAAACCGGCCAGCAUCAAUUCAAAGGCCAGCUGUCUCUGUUGAGUUGCUGAACGUUGACUGCUUUGGUCAGGAUCUUUAUCCAUUUAUGCAACAGAACUACAGCUCCUGAAAAUCCCGCCCGAUGUGAAGCAAAUUACAAAAGUCGUCGAGGCGGUAGCAAUCAGCGUGCUACCAGAGGAUGUUGGUUCGAGACUGCUUUGCUGCAGCUCAGACAGGCUGCUACACUUGAAGCAGUUGCACCAAAAGGACAAAGGCGACCCUGAAUACAAGAGAGAACUACGGCAACUGGUAUUUCUUAUGACCGGAGGUAUGGAAGUAGAUGGACAGAUCUCAGCUCCGCCAAGCGCGCGACAGAGAAAGGCCAAGGUAAGCAAAGUUGACAUGCAGUUUUUGGACUGCAUGGAAGAGUCGUUGAAAAACCUCUAUGAGGUUGUGUCUGAUUCAUGGACCCCACAGAGUGAUGUCCCUGAUAUUCCAAGCCUUUCUGCAGAUUUGCCUGAUGCCUCGAGCGCUCGGGGUGCACUCUCAAGGUCUGAAUAUUUUCACGGUAAAAAAUGGCCACAAAUCUGGUGGUUCUUGGGUCGCUUGAGCGCCUGCCGCAGAAGGUGCAACUUCAGCCAUGUUCUUGAUGUCGGAGGCGGUCGUGGAGACUUAGCAAUCCACAUUGCCUCAACAUUCGAUGGAGUGAAAGUGACAGUUGUAGACUCCAACGAGAGUUCCCUCAAAGUUGGCCAAGCAGCUGCCUCAAAGCGUCAUAUUGACAUCAGAUUUUGCAACAUGGACUUCGCCACUGCAGCAGAGCAGCUUCCUGCUGAUAUUGAUUUUGUUGUGGCUUUGCAUGCUUGUGGUGGAUUAAGUGAUGCUGCCUUGAAUUUUGCAAGUUGCAGGCAGAUCCCAUUUAUGGUUUGCCCCUGUUGUCAUUUGAAGCACGAGGGCUUGGAACCGAGGGAUGGCUGGUCAUCAUUGUGUGAUUUCGGUGUCCUGGGGAAGGUUGUGGAGAAUGAAAAGAACCAAUGCCCCGCACGCGCUAUUGAAGACUCACAGUCUACAACACAAGGCACUGAGAUCACGAAACGAGAGACCACAGAGACUGGUAGCCAAAUCCUUCGAAGACUUGCGGAAAUUGACCGCAGGGAUGUGUCUUGGCGUGCUCUCAAUUUGAUUGCAACCCUGCGUUUAUGGGCUACAAACAGAAAGUGUCAACAGAGGAUCACUUGCAAGCUAGCAGCUUUCUCCCAAGAAUAUUCCUUCAGGAAUUUGGUUCUGAUUGGGGAGAGGAUUUGAUGCAAAUUGACACAAAGACCAUGAAAGCCACUUCUUCACCUCGCUGCGCAAGUCUGAACGCCGUCAUGUUUGUCCUGAGCUGCGUAAUGGAGAAUUGAAGAGAUCAACAAUGCCGAACGACAAGAUCUGGACAAUUCCAUUCCCCAUCAACAAAUGUGAAGGAGGAUUAGAAAGGAUCAACGUCGAAGAUAGGCACCACACACAUAACAAUCAUUGGAAUAAUGCCAAAUGAAAAAAAAAAAAAACAUCACAGAAAAUUCAAUUAAAAUACAUAGAACCAUAUUAAAUCCAAUAUUG